AUGGUAGCAGGUCCACAAGCGCAGGAGCGACCUCCUCCACCUCAACCGCGCAUCCCAAACUACCUCCUCGAUGCCCCUCAGCAACGCCUCUUUGUGACAUCGCUCCUCGCCCUCCUCACAGCCUACAAGCUCGCCGACGCACUUCUACCACAGUCCGAUGCGCCGCCAAUACUCGCGGAUGAGCUGCCGCUCAACUGGCUGCUGUGGAAGUGGGUUGCGGUCGAUUUGGUCUUCGUGACGACGGUCGCUUGGCUCAGGGUGCCACGGCUAGACUGGGGCUGGAAGGCGCGAUGGAUGCUGAGAGCGGUCUUGGUAGGGCUGGACUAUGCCCUGUUCGGGCGGUGGACGUUCACGGCGUCCGUUUUCAUGCCAGCCCUCGUCAAGGGCUUCUUGACACGGUCAUUGUCGACCGACGAGCAUUCGGUGCGGCUAGCGGCUGUUGUCGGUAAUGACAAGGCGCAUCUUGGUGGACAGUAUACCGUCCACAUCCUCGCCGUCUCCACGGCCAUGCUCAACCCCCUCUCUACCAUCUACUGCCGGCAUCCUUCCCGCUCCUCCAAAUCUGAUCCGACUCUCGUCCCCCUCGUUCUCAACAACACCGUGCCGUCGAAAGUCACUUACAACCUCACCUCCUUCGACGACCCUCCUACAUCUCAUCAGUACACUGUCUCGGCUGCGUCGCUCGUCCGCCAUGCGCAUCCCUUGCAACAUCACCGCGGCAGCGAAUCGACGAUCCAGUCAAAGGAGGACGACGAGCUCGCUCUCGCAGCAGAAUGGUCGCUCGUCCCCUCUUCGCAGCGCUCUUCCUCCCAAGCGCUCCGCCAUCGCCUUCCCUCCGACUCUUCCCCUUCCCGACCCUCCGCAUCCGACCCCUUCGGCCUUGCCUCGACUGAGACGCUCUACUACAUUCCCAUCUCCUCAACAGGCUCGAUUCGUCUCGACUCGGUUCUCGACAAGGACGGCCACACUGUCAAGAUCCGCCGGAAACGAGCAACUUCGCCUCCGCCUUCAGCAGGAUCAGCAUCGUCGGACGCAGGAACGGUUGUUCUCGCUUUCGAAGAGACGCGGAUCGUUCGGUGUCCCUCAGCGGGUCUCUCGCUUGCCCCGACUACGCUCGGGUACCAGGGACAGGAGGAGGAGCACCGCUGUCUUGUCCCUAACCAGGGCGUUGCCGCGAGUUGGCCGCUCGGACUUGUCGUAAGCGGCAGUGAGCCACUCAGCAUCAAGUGGCAUUCGCGCGAGGGUGAUGCGGAGAAGGGCUUCAGGCGGGACGAGGCGCUCGAGGGGAUCGUCCAUGCGGGAUCGGCGAACGAGGUCGUGCCCGUCCCAGUCAACGUCUCGCUCUCCCGGCCAGGGCGGACUACGUUCUACCUCGACUCGGUUAAGGACGGCUACGGGAACGAGAUCUCGUAUAUCGACGUCGGCAAGUCUCGACACCUCCUCAUCGACGGGACGAUCCCCUCGCGCUCGGUCGUCGUCCACCGCCCGCCUGAAGUCGCCUUCAUCGGCGAAUGCGCAAAGGGCGAGGACGUCCACCUCCUCAAGGGCGGCAAGAAGCGCCUGCAGAUGCGCUUGUCGGACAUCGACGAGGAGUUGGCGGAUGCAAGGUCGGCGGGAGCGGAAGGACCGAGGUUCAAGGUUCAGGUCAAGUUCACGCCCGAGGAAGCGGGCAAGAAGGGAUGGACGAGGUUAAUCACGACGGGUGGAGCGAGGGCGGAGAUCGAGGUCGACCAGGCGGGCACGUACGAGAUCCUCAGUGUCAAGAGCAAGUACUGCGGCGGAGCGGUCCUUGUCCCGAAUGCUUGCACCGUCGUCGUCCAGCCAACGCCGACGCUCUCGACCUCCUUCUCGCCUCUGCACGACGUCUGCAACUCGGAGACUGGCGUCCUCGCCAACCUCCACCUCACCGGCGCACCUCCCUUCACCGUCCACUACACCGUCACUCGUCUCUCCGGUCCCGGCUCGCCUCGCUCAACCCGCCACACCCGUCGCGUCCUGCAUUCGCGCGACGAGCUUCGCCUCGAACCCGGUCCAGGCGAGUGGGAGUACCGCUUCGUCAAGGUCGACGACGCGUUCUACAAGGACCUUCCGCUCCCGCCCCAAGCGAGCUAUGCCAAGUGGCAGAAGAUUCCGGUCGUUGGCGACGCCAAGUGGAAGAACGCGGACAAGGGCAAGACCGUGCACAGCUGCGAGGGCGAGACGGUCCAGGUCGAAGUCGAGCUCGUCGGACAGGCGCCGUGGGACAUCGAGUACUCGGUUGUUGGCUCUCCGUCACAGGCCAUCACCGGCAUCACCGAGUCGCCGCAUGUCAUCGACAUCGACAUCCCGAAGGGUAUCGCCCAGCAGGGUGGCCAGUUCGCGCUUUCGCUCGAGAGUGUUCGUGACGGAAACGGCUGCCGUCGACCGCUUACCGUCAGCGAUCUCGUCGUCGAGGUUCGCCGUACCAAGCCGACUGCACGCUUCCACGGCGCUGAGGGCACGCGUUCGGUGCUCAUUCGCGACGACGACACGGCGAAGAUUCCGCUGCGGCUGACCGGCGAAGGACCCUGGACGAUCACCUACCAGCCUCCCUCCAUCGCCGGCCGAACAGUCGACCCUGUCUCGUUCGUCGCGCACCAAGCCAACGCCGAGAUCAACAUUCGCUCAGCCGUCCCUGGCACCUACCGCCUCCUCAGCGUGCGGGACAAGUACUGCCCAGGCGACGUCUCCGAGCCUGAGUGGACGGUCCAGACGCUGCCGAGGCCGAAGCUGCGGCUGGACGAGAGCGUCGGAAAGGUCGCCAGGAAUGGCAGCAUCGUGAGGAGGGGAGUGUGCGCGAACGCGGCCGACUCGAUUCCCGUCUUGUUCGAGGGCAAAGCGCCGUUCAAGGCCUUCUACACGCUGCAGAAGGGCUCGCACCACGGCGAGACUCGCCAGCACUCGCUGCAGGCGAUCCAGUCUCGCGCCGACCUCACGCUCUACACCGCGACGCCAGGACACCAUUCGUACACUUUCACCGGCGUCGGCGACGCGCUCUACACCGAGCCGAACGCGGCGGGUCUGGGAGCUCCGGCUGGCGGAAAGGCGGGUGUCGUGCGGCUCGAGCAGGACGUCUUCGACUUGCCGAGCGCUUCGUUCGCCCAUGGAGCCAAGCAGGGCUUCUGCGUCAACGACGAACUCGCCUCUCGCGGCUCGGACGACCUUGUCGUCGAUCUUGUCGGCCAGGCGCCCUUCGAGCUUGAGCUCGAGGUUCGCGAGGAUGGUCACCGCAACUCGAAGCGCUACACUGUCCCCUUGAUCCAGUCGAACUCGUGGCCGGUCUCGCUUCCGUACAGCCUGCACAAGGCGCAACCUCACAGCGUCCUCCUCCGCCGUGUCAAGGACGCCAAUGGCUGCGAAACGCUCAUUGACCCGUCUGUUCCCGCUCCCUCCGCCAAGCGGACGUCCGUCUCGAUUCCCGUCGCCGAAAUCGCCACCAUUACGCCCGUCUCGGCGCAAGAGGACCACUGCGUCGGCGACUUCCUCGACUUCGUCGUGCAGGGCUCGCCGCCUUUCACCGUCAAGUACGAGUUCGACGGCAAGCAGCAUUCUGUCCCUCUCACGAGCGGCAAGUUCCAGCGCGUCGCCGCCUCGCCCGGGAUUUUCAAGGUCGUCUCGGUCGGACACGGCGAAGACCAAUGUCGCUCGAACCAGGUCGACAUUGUCAAGCGUAUCCACCCGAUCCCGUCAGCGCGCGUCCACACCGGCGACUCGUACGUCGUCGACAUCCGCGAGGGCGAGCAGACCGAGAUCGUCUUCAGCUUCACCGGCACGCCGCCGUUCUCGUUCACGUACAGUCGGCGGGCGGCGCAGGACCGGAGCAAGGACCGGACGGUGCUCGAGACGCACACCGUGACCGGCAUCGAGGACAACCAGUACUCGAUCUUCACGUCGCAGGAAGGGACGUGGUCCGUCUCGUUCAUCCAGGACAAGUACUGCGCGUAUCCACCGAGCCGAGGAAGCGCGGUCGUCAAGGCGUAG